AAUUCUGAGCAGCGAAAAAAAUUGGUGAAUCUUGUAAGCCUGGAUGGUGGUGGAGUAAGGGGCUUGAUACUGAUACAGAUUCUGCUGCACAUCGAACGAUUGUUGGGUCAUUCAAUUACGAAGUAUAUUCACUGGUUUGCCGGAACAAGUACAGGAGCCAUGAUCGCACUGGCGCUGGCCAAAGGAGAUUCGUUGCGAGAUUGUCAGAGCCUAUAUUUGAGGAUGAAGGAUGAAAUUUUUGUUGGCCGAAAACCAUAUUCCGAGAAGGUAAUUGAAGAAUUCCUGCGAAUACAUUUUGGCAAAAAAACAACCAUGGCGCAGUUGGGUCCGAAGAGGGUUGUGGUGACCGCAACGUCUGUACGAACGAAUCCGCCAAAACUGAGAUUAUUUCGUAACUACACUUUACCGUUGGGUAAAUCGGAGAACAUUGCACUGGGAUUUGAGGAUCCUUCGAAAUCUUUAGUUUGGAAAUGUGCUAGGUAUUCCAGGUAUGGUAUUUCAUUUUCAUGA